GCUGGCAGUUCUCGCUGCAGUCUACAGGUAGUGUUUCCUUUCAGGCCAGGAUAGACGAAUGUCACCGAGCAGUGACUAAGUUUGAGGUAAAAGGCUUGCACUGUUAGGAGUUGGGUUCUGGUUAUGUGGUGUUUUUGUCUGUAUGUGUUUUUUGGUGCCUCCCUUUUUGUAUAGGUAGGCGGGGCAGUGAGUCACUGAACCUGGAACACCUGUUAAUCAUCAGAUGCAGUAGCGGUUUUUGAUACGGGCAACACAGGCGGCUGCCUCCCAGGCAACACAGGCGGUUGCCUCCCAGUCAACACACAUAUGUGGGGCCCAAAUAGGGAGCAGCAGGGCUAAUAUUUGGGGCCCACUUGGGAAACCCAACUAGAGUCCAGCUAAUUUUGUCCUCAGUUUCCAUGGUGGCCCCAAAUGUGUUUUCGUAGAUGGGUUUAUGCUGGGUCCGAGAUAAGCCCCAAAUCAGGCCCAGCCAACAAAUGAGUAUGGGGCCCAGAUGGGUAGAAGCGGGUCUGAUGGUUGGGGCCCACUUGGGCUACCCACCUGGCACCCAGCUACUUUUGUCCUCAGUUUCCAUGAUGUCCCCAAAUGUGUUUUCCCAGAUGGGUUAAUGAUGGGUCCGAAAUCAGCCCCAGACAACAAAUGAGUAUGGGGCCCAGAUGGAUAGAAGCAGGUCUGAUACUUGGGGCCCACUUGAGUUACCAACCUGGGACCCAGCUAUUUUUGUCUUCAGUUUCCAUGGUGGCCCCAAGUGUGUUUGUCCAGAUGGAAUUUUGGAUAAUGAAAGUAAGCUAUGAUUUAAAUCACCUGUACAACAAAGCCAGUUUAUCUUUUUUUCCCCUACAGUUUAUAGGAAAAACAAAUGCAGCAAACCACAGCUUCUCACUCAUUCACCAAUCCAUUGGUCCUGACAGAAAUAAAAUAAAAUAAAAAAUUAGUGCAUUUUUACAAACAAAAUCAGAUUUGCGAUAGUACUGGAGUUGUUUUGGAGGUUGUGCUGUUCAAGUUGUUUGACCUCCUACAUUGAACUCUUUGAAGACCAUGAGUAUUCAUGGAAACAGAAAAGCUAUUUACAAAAGGAUUUACCAAGUAGGCACUCAAAAAUACAUACAUGAGGUGAUCAGGGGAAGUGGAGACACAUGAGGACACAGCUGACUAGAAUGAAACAUAAUGACAUUAAAGGGGAGAGUAAGACUAAACACGUAGUACAAAGAAACACAAGACCUUUCAAAGUAAAAUAGGAGCCAUGGGGACACGAGCCAACAGGGAAUACUUAACACAGGGAUGACUACAUAAAUGGAUCUACUAAACAAGGACUAAAGAAACCUAGAAGCUAAUACCAAAGAAAGAAACAAUGAAUAUCAAAAUACAAGGAAAACUCAGAAAACUGGGUCACACGACCCAAUACCGUGACACAACUGUGAUAAGAAAAUUAAAACAUCAGUUACUAUUUUCUUAUCUAAGAACAGGAAAGAUUAUUGGCACUCGAAAAUUCUCAUACUGUAUAUAGACCAUCAGUUUUUUGUUUUUUUGUUUUUUUGCUUAGUAUUACAAGUUGUUGACUUUGACAAUGUUUGAAGUUAAACAUUUUUAAAACUCUGUUUGCAUGCUAACAAAUAAACAUUGACAGGCUGGUAUGAUCCAAAUACAUUUAAACAAGUUGAGCAGCACAUUAUCUGGAAGGCAGAAAACCUUUUGCCUUCCUGUUGGCUCCCAUUUACAGAAGGAAUGCCAGCAGCAUGACACCGUGAAUAAUGACUGAUUUUAUUAAAAGGACUUGUGUUCUUUUCUCUUUAGUUAGGAUGACAUUACGAAAGGUCUCGUUAUGCAUCGUUAUUCUCCUAGUCAUAUGGAACUGUCUUAAGUAUGAGGGACACAGAGAGUUUCUAAACGGCUUCUUUGAGGAGUUAAUGAGUGCAGAAGAAUCCAGCAUUCAUCUAAGACGAAAAAGAGAAACUUCAUCAAAUUCCACUGAGUAUGAGUUCCAAGCUGUUAUAAGCGUCUCAAAUCUGGAACAAUUCCAGUCGAUACUGAACACUCUCAGUUUUCCUUUAUUGAUCAACGCCACUGGUGAGAUUACAAGCAUUAAUACAACAACAGUGUGUUCACCAAACAUAACUGCAAACAUAACUGGAUACCAGUGCACAUGUGAGGAGAGCUUUGCUUGGUCAUAUAACAAAUGCAUUGACUAUGAGGCCUGUGAUGCCAUCGUUGGUGAUACGUGUGGAUGCAUUAAUGGACUUCCAGCAGAUGGGCAAUAUUGCCAGUUAAAAACCAGCAACCCAGUGCCAGUGGAGUAUGAUAUAGACUUUAACUUGCUCUUGCCAGUAUCCAGCCUGCCCCCAAAUUUCAUUGACCUGUUCAGAAACUAUGUGGGAAAUUUGUCAUUCCCCAAAACCAUCACUCAGUCUUUAAUAAUAGAAGACUUGAACUUCACCACAUGGUGCUAUCCAAACUCCACCGGAGGAAUGCAGUGUCAGUGUGAGGACCACUUUGGUUGGUCAUGUGAAAAGUGUGGCCUAUACGGUGCAUGCAGUAAUGUCACCUCACAAGCCUGUGGAUGCAUCAAAGGGCUUCCUCCUGAUGGAGAGUUCUGUGAACCAAGCGCAAGCGUCGCUCCUUGCCCAACACCACCUCCUGCACCAGUGGACUUUUGAUAUAGACCUUGAACUGCACAUCCCAGCAUCUAGUGUGCCCCAGAAUUUCAGUGUUGUGCUCAGAAAUAUUCUGAGAAAUUUCUCCUUCCCCAAAAUCAUCACUGGGUCUUUAACACUGAAAGACUUGAACUUCACCACAUGGUGCUAUCCAAACUCCACUGGAGGACUCCAGUGUCAGUGUGAAGACCAGUUUGCUUGGUCAUGUGGCAAGUGUGAUGAGUACGGCACAUGCAGUAAUGUUCACCUCACAAACCUGUAAUUGCAUAAAGGGAUUUCCUCCUGAGUGGGAA